AUGAGCGCUCCGUUUGCGACAAAAGCGUCACCGGACUCGCCGCUCCUCCCCGCCGCGGGGGUGCCGCAGCACAUUCUGACGCACCACUCCCGCACCACCUCGGCAAGAGACGCCGCCGCACUGCAGCAGAGCUCCGUCAACACAGUCUCGACAGAUGAGGCCUCCUCAGGUAGCGUCUUCAGGAACAGUGGGAGCGGAGGCUGUUCCAAGAAGAUGUCCUCAGGCUUUUUUCAUCUCAGUUCCGCCAACGGGUCGAAGCUGCUGCAGCGGUUUAAACACAUGUGGUCGUCGCGUGGCCGCCACGCGACGCCCGUCGACCGCAACACGCUCCACGAACCUUACUACGAUAGCUUCACUGACGCGACGCUGGAAGCUGAGGCGGAGAAGCGGGUGGAUAAUUGCGCUGAGGAGUGCCACUACUACCAGUACACAACGGCGGACGGCGAGACCCACCAGGUGGAUCCCGCCGUGGUGGAGUACGAGACGGCGGACCAGCCGCAGGUCGCCGAGGCGGGGGAGGUGAUAGAGGCGGGUGUGGGCGACGAGGGCCCCCACCAGCAGGCGGAAGGCCACAACGCGCAGCAUGAGAGCGAGGCCGGCGGGUGGGAGGAGCAGCUGAACGGACACGUGCGCUUGAAGGGGAAAAUAGCGAAAUCCUUUGCCACCGAGGAGGCGAAGGCGCGGAAGAAGCUGCAGGGAGACUGCAUGAUCGUCUUGACAGACAUUGGCCGCACGUACAGGGGUCUGGCCCGCACCGCCGAGGCCGAAGCGAGGGAGUUGAAGGCGCUACAACACACUAUGAGGCACCUGGAGAAGGAGGCGGUUAGGUGCGCGAGUGCGGUGGAGGCCGAGUGGAAGAAGGAGCAUGCAGAGCUGCGCUACCAGUUCCGAGCCGGGGCGGAGUCGGUGAAGCGGCACAGCAGGCUGACAGGGCCUUCUCUGCUCAAGUGA